GACGCCCUCCCUUUCCGGCCUCGCUUGCUGUCUGACUGGGCGCUCCUUAGGGCUCGUUGGCGCGUGAGGAGAAGCCGUCGCCAUCAUGCCGGUCUACUUCCAGCGGCCCGAGAACGCCCUGAAGCGGGCGAAUGAAUUUCUUGAAGUUGGGAAGAAACAACCUGCUCUUGAUGUUCUAUAUGAUGUUAUGAAAAGUAAAAAACACCGAACAUGGCAAAAGAUCCACGAACCAAUUAUGCUAAAAUACUUAGAGUUGUGUGUGGACCUUCGGAAGAGCCACCUGGCAAAGGAAGGAUUAUAUCAAUACAAGAAUAUAUGCCAGCAGGUAAAUAUUAAGUCCUUGGAGGAUGUAGUACGAGCUUAUUUAAAACUAGCAGAAGAAAAAACUGAAGCUGCUAAAGAAGAAUCUCAACAGAUGGUCCUAGAUAUAGAAGAUCUUGAUAAUAUUCAGACUCCAGAAAGUGUUCUCUUAAGUGCUGUAAGUGGGGAAGAUACCCAAGAUCGUACUGAUCGGUUACUUUUGACUCCAUGGGUUAAGUUUCUGUGGGAAUCAUACAGGCAGUGUUUGGAUCUUCUCAGAAACAAUUCCAGAGUAGAGAGACUCUAUCAUGAUAUUGCCCAACAAGCUUUCAAGUUCUGUUUGCAAUAUACUCGUAAGGCUGAAUUUCGUAAACUCUGUGACAAUUUAAGAAUGCAUUUGGGUCAAAUUCAGCGUCAUCACAAUCAAAGUACAGCAAUCAACCUCAAUAAUCCAGAAAGUCAGUCAAUGCAUUUGGAAACUAGGCUUGUACAAUUGGACAGUGCUAUCAGCAUGGAGUUGUGGCAGGAAGCUUUUAAAGCUGUGGAAGAUAUACAUGGGCUAUUUUCCUUAUCCAAAAAGCCACCAAAGCCCCAGCUGAUGGCAAAUUAUUACCACAAAGUUUCUACUGUAUUUUGGAAAUCAGGAAAUGCACUCUUUCAUGCAUCUACUCUUCAUCGUCUUUAUCAUCUUUCAAGAGAAAUGCGAAAAAAUCUCACACAAGAGGAAAUGCAGAGGAUGUCAACAAGAGUACUUUUGGCUACUCUGUCAAUUCCAAUAACUCCUGAACGAACAGACAUUGCUCGGCUUUUGGAUAUGGAUGGCAUAAUUGUUGAAAAGCAACGUCGAUUGGCAACAUUGUUAGGACUUCAGGCUCCACCUACUCGGAUUUCUCUUAUUAAUGAUAUGGUGAGAUUUAAUGUAGUUCAGUACGUUGUCCCAGAGGUAAAAGAGCUUUAUAACUGGCUUGAAGUAGAUUUUCAUCCACUGAAGUUAUGUGGCCGUGUAUGCAAGGUUUUAAACUGGGUAAGAGAUCAAUCUGAGAAAGAGCCAGAAUUGCAAUUAUAUAUUCCUCAUCUGCAAAACAACACCAUCCUUAGACUACUUCAGCAGGUGGCUCAGAUUUAUCAAAGCAUUGAAUUUACUCGCCUGACUACUUUGGUUCCUUUUGUGGAUGCUUUCCAACUAGAACGUGCCAUUGUUGAUGCAGCCAGACACUGUGAUUUACAAGUUCGCAUUGAUCAUACCACCCGAACAUUAAGUUUUGGGUCCGAUUUAAACUAUUGCACCCGAGAAGAUGCUCCUCUUGGACCUCAGCUGCAGAGCAUGCCCUCUGAGCAGAUUAGGAACCAGCUGACAGCCAUGUCAUCUGCACUUGCAAAGGCUCUAGAAUUUAUUAAGCCACCUCAUAUAUUGCUAGAAAAGGAAGAACAACAUCAACAGGCAGUUACAGCUUACUUAAAAAAUGCAAAGAAAGAACAUCAGCGUAUCCUUGCUCGCAGGCAAACUAUUGAAGAAAGAAAGGAACGUCUUGAGAGUUUGAACAUUCAGCGUGAAAAGGAAGAGCUGGAGCAGCGUGAAGCUGAACUCCAAAAAGUUCGCAAAGCUGAAGAAGAGAGACUGCGCCAGGAGGCAAAAGAGCGUGAAAAAGAGCGCAUUCUGCAGGAACAUGAGCAAAUUAAAAAGAAAACUGUUCGUGAACGUUUGGAGCAGAUUAAGAAGACAGAGUUGGGAGCCAAGGCCUUCAAAGAUAUUGAUAUUGAGGAUCUUGAAGAAUUGGAUCCAGACUUCAUUAUGGCAAAACAGGUUGAACAGCUUGAAAAAGAAAAGAAGGAAUUGCAAGAGCGUCUGAAGAAUCAGGAGAAAAAGAUUGACCAUUUUGAAAGAGCAAAACGUUUAGAAGAAAUUCCACUGAUUAAGACUGCCUAUGAAGAACAAAGAAUCAGAGAUAUGGAUCUUUGGGAACAACAAGAAGAAGAAAGGAUCACCACCAUGCAACUGGAACGUGAAAAGGCGCUUGAGCAUAAGAAUAGAAUGUCACGGAUGUUAGAAGAGAGUGAAUUGUUUAUAACUAGGCUCAAGACUGCAAGGAGAUCAGUUUAUGAGGAAAAACUUAAACAAUUCCAAGAAAGAUUAGCAGAGGAAAGAAGUAAUCGUUUAGAGGAACGUAAGAGACAGCGCAAAGAAGAAAGACGCAUUACUUACUAUCGUGAGAAGGAGGAGGAAGAACAAAGAUUGCAAGAGGAAAAGAUGCUGAAAGAACAAGAAGAGAAAGAACGUGUUGAACGUGAAAAACGUGAACAAGAAAUGCGUGAAUAUCAGGAACGUGUUAAAAAACUGGAAGAGGUAGAAAGAAAGAAACGUCAAAGGGAAUUAGAAAUUGAAGAGCGGGAGCGUCGUCGCGAAGAGGAGAGGCGGAAUCUUGACGAUUCACUUUCACGGAAGGAAUCACGCUGGGGUGAUAGAGAAAAUGAAGGUGUUUGGAGAAGAACUACUGAUCAGGAAUCGGAGUGGAGACGUCCCCCAGAAAGAGAGUGGCGGCGUGGGGAAGUACGUGACGAUGAAAAAUCUUUACGAAAAGAUGAUGUGACUAAGUCUACUACUCCACAAGAAACAGGAGAGCCUACCCAGGAAGCACCAGAAAACAAAGUAUUGGAACAUGGUAAAGAGGAAGACAAGAGUCCUAAGAAAGUCCUGGAUGAUGACAAAUCGAGUUGGCGUUCAACUGAAGAUGACAGGACCCCCAGGCGUGGCUUGGAUGAUGACAGGACCCCCAGGCGUGGCUUGGAUGAUGACAGGACCCCCAGGCGUGGCUUGGAUGAUGACAGGGGACCCAGGCGUGGCUUGGAUGAUGACAGGGGACCCAGGCGUGGUUUGGAUGAUGACAGGACCCCCAGGCGUGGUUUGGAUGAUGACAGGACCCCCAGGCGUGGCUUGGAUGAUGACAGGACCCCCAGGCGUGGCUUGGAUGAUGACAGACCAAGUUGGCGUGGCUUGGAUGAUGAGAGGACCCCCAGGCGUGGCUUGGAUGAUGAGAGGACCCCCAGGCGUGGCUUGGAUGAUGAGAGGACCCCCAGGCGUGGCUUUGAUGAUGACAGGGGACCCAGGCGUGGCUUGGAUGAUGACAGGGGACCCAGGCGUGGCUUGGAUGAUGACAGACCAAGUUGGCGUAACAUGGAUGAUGACAGAGGACCCAGGCGUGGGCUGGAUGACGAUCGAGGGCCAAGGCGCGGGCUGGAUGAUGACCGAGGGCCCAGGCGUGGGCUGGAUGAUGACCGACCUAGUUGGCGCAACACAGAUGAGGACCGAGGGCCCAGGCGCGGGCUGGAUGAUGAUCGAGGGCCCAGGCGUGGACUGGAUGGUGACCGAGGGCCCAGGCGCGGGCUGGAUGAUGAUAGAAUUUCAAGGAGUGAUGAGGAUAGAAGACCUUGGCGUAAUGCAGAUGAUGAUCGAGGACCUAGACGACUGGAUGAUGACAGAGGUCCCAGACGUGAAGAUGAUUCCAGGCCUGGACCUUGGAGACCAUUUGGUAAACCAGGUGGAUGGAGAGAACGAGAAAAGGCUCGAGAAGACAGCUGGGGACCUCCACGGGAUUCCAGACCUUCAGAAGAUCAUGAAUGGGAUAGAGAUAAAGACCGUAAUGAAAAUGAAAAGGAACGAGAAUUUGACAAAGACCGUGACUUUGAUCAGGAAGAACGUUUUAGGCGUCCUAGGGAUGACACUGGUUGGAGAAGAGGACCAGCUGAGGAAACCUCUAGCUGGAGAGAUUCAGGUCGUCGUGAUGAAUGGGACAGAGGUGGUCGUGACUCUAGAGAUGACCGUGUUGGUCGUGAUCUUCGAGAUCGCCGUGGGGAAGAGAGAGAAAGGAGAGGACCUCCACCCAGAACAGAUCGGGAAGAAGUGAGCUCUUGGAGACGUGGUGAUGAUAGAAAAGAAGAACGUGAAGAAUGUGAAACAAUUCGAAGACCACCUACUGCUGCUCCUACUCCUGGUCCUGCUGUUUCCAAAGAACGAGAAAAAGAUGGUGAGAAAGAGAAAGGUUGGAGAACAGAUAAAGACCGAGAAUCCCUUCGUCGCACUAAAAAUGAAAUUGAUGAAGAGGGUUGGACCACUGUACGACGCUAAGUUCAAAACCUAAACAGGCUUUAAUUGGUGUUUUGCAUUGAUUUGAUAACAGAUUAUAAUAUUGGUGCUUUAAGAGUCUGGAUUUGAAUUCUUUAACAAAGUUUUCUAGAAAUAUGAAAGCAUGAAACUCUUAACUUGUAUGCAAACUGAUCAUGCACAGAACUUACAACUAAUAGUUGGAAAUUAAAUACUGGUUAUCUAAAAUUUCAAUUGUAUGUCACAGAUCACUUGGUGGUAAGAAUAAAAAAAUAAAUUCUAUAGGUAUCUUUGAGUGGCAUGUACAUCUCAGUCAAAAAUAAAUCUGUUUUUUAUGUUAAAUAACCUUAUACCUUAAAAUGGAUAUGGCCUGCAAAGCAUAUGUUUAAAACAAUAUUUCUGGUUCCAUAAACAAAUGACUUUGUAACGCUGUACAGUCUAAAAUUGGUAUUUGAUGGCAGAGGCUAUUGCUGGUAGUAUUACUAGAUUCAGUAUGUUUUAAUUUGAUUUAUAUAGAAUAAAUGUCAUGGGUCUUUUAGCUAGGCUGGAAAUUUUUCUUUUGUUUAUUUUUGGUAGAUUCUACUUGAAUGCACAGUCUUAUCAAGCCAUUUGCAGUCUUUACUUUCACAAUGAGUGCCACAGUAGUAUUGAAAAAACAGGCUUUUAAAAUUGAAAGUAUUUGAGUAAUCUUUUUGCUGAGCAUUUUUGUUCCUUGCUGUGUAUAGACACUGCUCUUUCUGGUAUUGGUAAUCUCUGCCUUUUGAAACAUUUAUAUAGUGUCAUUUCAUAUACAUGAUCUGUGGAGGAAUCACUUAGUCCUCCUUUCCUUCUGAAUUUCUUGUCUUCAGGGUAAGUGCUUUACCUUUAAACCAAGUGCUUUGUAGUAAGAGUGGGUUGACUUCAAUUUGGGGCUGAAAUAGCAAUGUUAGUGAUUGUUUUUAAUUGAAGCCAACACAGAACUUGCUGCUAUGUGUUAACUUCAAUGAUAAAUAAACUUAAAAAUCUAACCUGGUA